AUGCAGCGACCACCCGAGGAGGGUGGCUACGACUUCUCGAGCACUGGCGAGUGCAUCAUGCGGCCGCGGCCGCAUUGGCCCAAGAAGCUGAGGGAGUGGGCGGAGAGCUGCCUGAAGUACACGGCCAAGGAUGCUUUUCGGGACCUUUUGGCUGCGGCCCCAAAUCAUGGGCAGGGUCGUCUGCUCACCGCCGAGGAGAUCUUCGCCGAAGAGGGCUUCCUGGGCAGGCUGGCGUCAUGGCUCGAGCGUGCUCACAAGGCAGCAACCGCCUUCCCGGUGGGCCUUUGGACGCAGGAGCUUCACGAUGACUUCCUCAAGCUCUUUGGAUUCCCAGUCCUGGACUUUUUCCCCGGCGUGCCCUACAUCGGGAAUUUCUCCGUUAUGCGGAAGCUCUAUGAGGCCGGCAGCCCCGAUGCCCUGGCGGCGAGCGCCUUGGCCGAGUCCAGUGCUCGCGCUUCCGUCCGCGAGCACGGGCUGCUAGUAAAGGCCACUACUGCGAGGCCUGGAUGCGAGGGCGCCGCGGGCCUGUCAAAAGCGCUGGCCGGUCAGAAAGCGCCGGAAUUCGGAAUUGACCCCGGCCUGGGCCCAGCGAGGGCCGACCACGUCUGCCGCGAGAAACCCUAA